AUGGUAUUUCCCCUAUUUGACAAUUUGUGCGUCCCUAUUGGGGUUUACCUCUCUGGUGGCAUCGACUCCUCUGCUAUUGGUGGUAUGGUCACUGAGAUUUCACGCAAAGAACAUGUUAAGCUUGGAAAUGAAGAGACUUCUCGCGUCACCUGCUUCAGUGUGGCGUUUUUGGAGACAUCUGGGUAUGAUGAAUCACAUGUUGCCGAGCGCACAGCGGAGUGGCUUAGAGUAAAGACCAUCAAGAAGAUCAUCACGGAAGAUACAUUGGCUGAAGACUUUGAAGACGCCGUGUUCCACUGCGAGCAUCAUCACUACGAUCUCAAUUCUGUGGCCAAAUUCGCGCCCUCAACUCUCCCACAAGAACUUGGAAUCAAUGUCGUCCUGACCGGUGAAGGGUCUGACGAACAUUUUGCUGGCUACCCUUGCUUCCAUGUCGAAUUCCUUCGCGAGGCUGACGGAGCUUCCCCCGACUCUGAGUUGACCAAAAACGGAGAGCUUAGAGAAAACCUGUUCAAAUCUGCACAGCAAGAGAUGAAAGGGAUUUGGGAAAGAGUAGGUGGAACAGUCUUGGACAAUGUCCCAGCUCCUCAAUCAAGCGCGGGACCGGGAGCAUUCGACACGUGUGAUACUCUGCUGGCAUAG